AGUAGUAGUUAUAAUAAUUAAUUUGUUACGUAGACCACAUAUGUUGAAAAGGACACGCAGCUGCUUUGAAUUGUUGACAGUUGGUUAAGCGAGCUCGAGCAGCGCGGUUGUGUUUUCUCAAGGAACUGACAGUAAAAUUAUUAGUUACAAAGCUAUUUUAAAUUAUUUAUGGCUUGUACACCGUUCUUAACGCUUAACAAUGGGGAGCAAAUGCCUGUUCUUGGCCUUGGCACCUGGCAGGCUAGCGAUGAGGAGAUUGAGUUAGCUGUAGAUUUAGCCCUGGAGUUGGGCUAUCGUCAUAUUGACACAGCUCCUGUUUAUGGCAAUGAGCAGGCUAUCGGAAAUGUUUUAAAGCGCUGGCUGGAUGCGGGCAAAGUUCAGCGUGAGGACUUGUACAUUGUUACCAAGUUACCGCCUAUAGCCAAUCGCCCACACGAAGUGUUGCCCAUGCUAACCAAAUCCUUGGCGGAUCUGCAGCUGGACUAUGUGGACAUGUAUCUCAUUCAUACGCCAUUCACUGUGCUUAUUAAUGCAGAUGGCAAUUUUCAAUUUGAUGCAGCGGGUCUUUUAAAAGUAGAUCCAACUACUAAUCAUGCUGCCACUUGGGCCGAAAUGGAAAAGUUAGUGGAGAAGGACUUGGCAAAAUCCAUUGGCGUCUCUAACUUUAGCCAAGAGCAAUUGGAACGCUUGCUGCAGAGCUGCAGCAUACCGCCAGCUACAAAUCAGAUAGAGCAUCAUGUGUAUCUGCAGCAACGUGAGCUGGUUGACUUUUGCCAGGCGCAAAAUAUAACAAUUACUGCAUACUCUCCAUUGGGGUCAAAGGGCAUUGCCAGGAUGAAUGCUGCAGCAGGCGUGCCACGCGAUUUGCCAGAUUUAUUUGACAUAACAGAAGUCAAAGAGAUUGCAGCUAUUCAUAACAAAACGCCUGCGCAGGUGCUCCUGCGCUGGAUCGUUCAGUCAAACAAAAUGGCGGCCAUACCUAAAAGCGCAAACGCGCAGCGGUUGAAAGAAAAUUUUGAUAUUUUCGACUUUGAAUUAACAUCUGAGCAGCUGGAAACGCUUUGUGGCUUAGAUCAGAAUAUACGCAUUUGCGAUUUUGCAUUCUAUCGCGGCGUUGAAAAGCAUCCUGAGUUUACGUUCAAGAAUCAGUUUACUGAUUAAGCAGCAGCCAUCGCAGCCUAUUUUCUUAUAAAUCAUAUUGCACACGCUACACAAAACACUAAACACUUGAAUAAAUUACAAAAAUACACUUGA